AUGGAUGACGUCCAAGCUACUGCAAAAUGGGCAAACCGCAUGUUACGCCCAUUGACCUCCAUCUAUCGUCGACUCGAGAAGCACCACGAAACAUUAGCGAUUAUUGCGGCCGAGUCCAAAGUACAAAGUCAACAUGAAGAAAGUCCCGAUAAAGAUCCGGAGUCUUCUCAGUCCGCGGGGAUACAGGAAAUCUACUCUGGAUCAGAUGCCGAUGAGGGCGACCCGGUCUGGAUUCCUGAGAAGAAGAAGCCCGAUCAACGCCGGGUGAGGCAUAGAUACUCUGCGAGGGAAGAGAAAAAGAAGGGGAGGAAGCGUGCACGAUUAUCAAUACACAGCCCGGAAGUGUCUCGUACCUUGCCCGGUACGAUUGAGUUGGCUACACCACUGAUCACCGGGCGCAGAUGGGAAAUGCCUUCUAGUGCGCAGUCGCAACCACCGGUCGAACAACCUAGGCAGUCACAAAACCAGGAACAACAGGCGUUUCGUGAUCGAUACUCGCUCCACAAGAACCCAUGGCAGGAGCUCAUCAAUCAAUCUGAGGAUGCCGGGUUUGUCGAUAUUGUGCGAAAUCUUGAUCGCGUACUUCAAAACUUUCUUUACAACACUCGAGUCUCCGGGCGUAGUGGUAGUGCUAUCCCCGCCAAGCCUAGACUGGGUGCGCGCUCGCUUCUCUUUACGGUUAUGCGACGUCUACCUGAGUUCAUUGCGAUCGAGGAGAAGGCACAGAACGAACUGGGUGAAGACGGAGAUGAGGAUAUGUGUGACGCAUAUUUUACUGAGCUGGAGUCAUUUUAUGCUCCGCAUGGUAAAGGGUGGAAACCAUUGCGUCAAGCGGUUCGCGCUCAAGGCCUUUAUAUGGUCUCCAUCUUGAUACGCAACGAAUGGCUUACGGACGCGAUAAUUUGCGCACUAAUCGAUAAAUGUCGACACAGCGAGCCGGAUGCGUGCGAAUCUCUCCUGUCAACAUUCCUGUCAACACGAACAAGUUACCCGGCUCCUGUCGCUUUGAAAUCAACCCCCGAUACCAACUCUCCUGGGAAUGCUGUUAGAUUGUUGCACAAGUACGCUUAUCAUGAAUCAUCACGCCGAUCCUAUAUCUUCGACGAGCUCUCAAAGCUUCUUGCUCGUGGAGUCUUACCUCCAGAAUGGAUGGCAACCAAGCCGUGGACGCAUUGGAUGGAACGUGCGACAAUAUCAUUCUCAAGGGGUGAUGACGAUUGCGCUACGGCCUCUCGGCUAAUUGAAGCUGUUCUUUUCUCUGCCGGUGAUGUUCUUUCGGGCCGCAGUUUUAAAUCACCUCGAAAACGGUCGAUAAAACACGAAAUAGGACGCUUCACCCGUAACUCUUCUGUUGUGCUUAUAAAUGAUGCGGGCCUUAAGCGGAAAUGUCCUGUUCCAGUGGAAGAUGCAUUGAACAAUCAAGUUACUAGUCUUCUGGCAGCGCUUUGCGGGAUGCAUAUCUCCCGCUCUCGCGAGUUCGAGGAUGUUGAGGAUGCUGGUGGCACAGAAGCAAGUCACAUUGUCAACUAUGUUUCGUCCUCAGUGGAGAAUGAGAUGAACACAAAGCCGCUCUCUAAAGCUUCUACGCUUUCUUCGCAUCACCUGCUAAGACGUGGCUGUAUUUUGUUGGCAGACUGCCUAUUACGGUGCAACGAUGCUAUCCUGACAGGUGAUACCCACCCUGUGUUGAUGUCUACGGAUCGUAUAGAAGAAUGGUCAGAUCUCUUAGUUUCUCGCUCUGCUUUGAUCAAAGAGCUGGCAUUGUUUGUACGACGAGCAUUUCGUUGUUUUGGGAGUACAUCAAAUGGGGAGAAUACGUAUAUGGGGGCUGAGAUUCGACGUAUAGUGUCAAGGCUUCCCUACCUGACUGAAGCUCCUGGCUUGGCUAUGUUUUUAGGCCGCGUUGCCGUGGAAGCAGCUAUGGAGUUUGCUGAAAGUACUGGAGAGCCAGAAGAUCAUCUCUGGGCGGUUGAAAUCCAAGAAACAAUCAUGGCUCUUCGAAAUGAUAAGGUGUCAAGUUCUGGAUCCAAGGGUGCUCCGAAACACAAUCGGGGCUUAUAUCGCUGGGAAGAUACCAUUGGUGAAUGGGUUGCUCGUACACCUGCUGCCAAACCGAACCCGCAUCCGAUUAUUGGGAGAAAGAGACGAGCUUCAGAGCUGUCAAUGCAAUCACCGUGCAUCCCGUGCUCGACAGAUAGCAGCUCAUCCGACUCAGAUGGACUCGAAAAGCCGGCUUCAAGCGUAACUUCGUCGCCCUCGUCCAUCGGGACGACUCAGCAUUACGAAGUACCAGAUACAUCCCCUAUCAAGCCUUUCAAGCGAAGGCGUACUGCUCCUGUGGUUAUCACCCACGAUGAGGACAGUGCAAGCGCGUCCCCAUCUGACAGAUCUACGUCGAGGUCCCCGUCGUUAGAGCCAGUUCCGUCACAUCGCCGCGUUCUACGAGAUUUGUCAAAUCGAAUGCCAAAGCGCUCUGCUGCUCAGAAGCCUGCACCCAAAGUUGAGGUGGUGAUCAUCAAAGAUAAAGCACCCCGCCCUUCCCCUGCGCAACCUCCUUCAGAGAAUAUGGAGAAGCAGAUCAAUCGAUCUAUGGACAGACGACGACCUGGUCGACCUUCGAUUUCCAAAGCACCGGUCCCUGUCGUGGUCCCUCGACGGCGAUCAGUCAUCCCCUGCUCCCAAGAUGACAGCGAUGAUGAGCUCAGUUUCAUGUGA